GGCACAUGCCUUUAAUCCAAGCUCUAGGAUGGUGGAGACAGGAAGUGGUAUGGCUGAGUGGAGAGAAGAAUAUAAGGCAGGAGCAGACAGGAGCUCACCCUUUUCAAUUUGUGAAUUUGUAGAGCAUCAGAAAAGUUCCACUUUAAGCCAUGAGAUGUCUGGUCUGAACUGGAAACCUUUUGUGUAUGGCGGCCUUGCCUCUAUUGUUGCCGAGUUCGGCACUUUCCCUGUGGACCUUACUAAAACACGGCUACAAGUCCAAGGCCAGAGCAUCGAUGUCCGCUUCAAAGAGAUAAAAUAUAGAGGGAUGUUUCAUGCCUUGUUCCGAAUCUAUAAAGAAGAGGGGAUUUUGGCUCUGUAUUCAGGAAUUGCCCCUGCUUUACUAAGACAGGCAUCAUAUGGCACCAUCAAAAUUGGUAUUUACCAAAGCUUGAAGCGAUUAUUUGUAGAACGUUUGGAAGAUGAAACUCUCCUAAUCAACAUGAUCUGUGGAGUAGUGUCAGGAGUGAUUUCAUCGACUAUAGCCAAUCCCACUGAUGUUCUAAAGAUCCGAAUGCAGGCUCAAGGAAGUUUGUUCCAAGGGAGCAUGAUUGGCAGCUUCAUUGAUAUAUACCAGCAAGAAGGUACCAGGGGUCUGUGGAGAGGCGUGGUCCCAACUGCUCAGCGUGCUGCCAUCGUGGUGGGAGUAGAGUUGCCAGUUUAUGAUAUUACCAAGAAGCACCUGAUAUUGUCAGGAAUGCUGGGAGACACCAUUUUAACACACUUUGUUUCUAGCUUUACCUGUGGUUUGGCUGGGGCUCUGGCAUCUAACCCAGUUGACGUGGUGAGAACGCGAAUGAUGAAUCAGAGGGCAAUAGUGGGACAUGUGGACCUCUACAAGGGUACUUUGGAUGGUAUUUUAAAGAUGUGGAAACAUGAGGGUUUUUUUGCCCUCUAUAAAGGAUUUUGGCCAAACUGGCUUCGACUUGGACCCUGGAACAUCAUUUUUUUUAUUACAUACGAGCAGCUCAAGAGGCUUCAGAUCUAAGAACUGAAAGUCUAUGAGCCCAACACUACCGCCCUUUCUACUGUUCUCCUUUGUGUUCCUAAUGUAUUUUGACAAAGACCUAUGUGUUUACAGAACCAGUGGUCUCCCGAGGGUCCUCUUAUUGAAGAGUAGCAGGAUGACUUAAGGUUGUUUAUGCAUCUGUGUUACCUCUUCCCUAAGAGGAAGUAUUCACAUUGAGAGUGUGACCCCAGAUUGGUGUCUUCUGUGAAGAUGGAUACUGAUGGGUGACAUUCGAAAGGGCCUUCUUUUCAAACAUGGGUUAAAUGCAGUUGGUUAUCCCCAGACAGGUUACAGCGGAAGGCUACCAGCACAGGUCCUGCUAUGUAUGCUAUAGACCUUGGUUCUCAUUAAACUAUUUAUUGGCUGAA